GACGUCAUGACGUAGAGCGAGUCCGGAAGCGUCUGGGCUUCGGUGUGAACUUUUGAAAACUGGACUGAAGAGCGGGCGAGGAAGAAAAUCAAAUAAAACUAAAUACAUUGAAAUAAAAAUCGUACACGAUGGUGUUAGACACGAUUUCCAAGAUCAUUAAAGUGCAGCUUCCGGCGUAUCUGAAGAAGUUACCGCUUCCGGAGUCUGUAGGAGGAUUCGCGAGACUCACAGUUUCAGAGUGGCUCCGCCUCCUCCCCCUGCUCGGGAUCCUGGCUCUGCUUGGUUACCUGACCAUCAGGCCUUUUCUGCCCAAGAAGAAGAAGCAGAGGGACUGUCUUAUCAACUUGAAGAUCCAGAAGGAGAACCCCAAAGUGGUGAACGAGAUCGACAUCGAAGACCUGCGGAGCACCAACGUCUGCUACUGUCGCUGCUGGAGAUCCAAAACGUUUCCUGUUUGUGACAAAUCGCACAUAAAGCACAACGAGCUGACUGGAGACAACGUCGGGCCGCUGAUCCUGAAGAAGAAAACUCUUUAAUCCUGGUUUCAUUUGAUUUUUUAUUAAAACGGGAGCUUUUAUUUUUUUUUUAUGUGCUAGAAAUGUUUGCCUUUCACUACAGUGAGGCUGCUGUAUAGUGUGUGUGUGUGUGUGUGUGUGUGUGUGUGUGUGUGUGUGUGUGUGUGUGUGUGUGUGUGUGUGUGUGUGUGUGUGUGUUUACAUAUGGCUGUAUUUUGUAUGUAGAAUGUGAAUACUAAAAAAAAAAAAAAGUAAAAAAAACUAAAUAAAUGUUUUGCCUUUGAUUUCAUCUUUUCAUUUAGUUUUCUUGUUAAAAUGCUGUAAAAGUGCAAUAUAACGGCAUUAGCGUUAACAUUAGCGUAUAAACCGUGUCGCUCGUCAUGAAGCAAUCAGCCGGCGUGACGUGAAGUCGUGGUGCAGAAGCCACUUUGAAAACUGUAAUAAAAAAUUUUAACUAAUAAA